AUGGCGUUAUUAGAAGACCUUGCAUUUCACUCCAGCAUACCUGUACCUUUGGAUAUAACUGUAGCAGUGGUCUACUCCAUUUUUGGAGUGUGUUCACUGUUUGGAAACAGCACGCUGCUGUAUGUCUCCUACAAGAAAAAGCACCUCCUGAAGCCUGCGGAGUACUUCAUCAUCAACCUCGCUGUCAGUGACUUGGGUCUGACAAUAUCCUUAUACCCCAUGGCGAUAACUUCAAGCUUCUACCACAGGUGGCUGUAUGGGAAAACAAUGUGCUCCAUAUACGCUUUUUGCGGCAUGUUGUUUGGCAUCUGCAGUCUGACCACUCUAACCCUACUGAGCAUGGUGUGCUUUGUGAAAGUAUGUUAUCCGCUCUAUGGGAACAGGUUUAACUCUGUUCACGGCUGUUUGCUCAUUGCCUGUGCUUGGCUCUAUGCCCUGCUGUUUGCCUGCUCCCCGCUGGUCCACUGGGGGAAAUAUGGACCAGAGCCCUACGGCACCGCCUGUUGCAUUGACUGGCGCCUGUCCAAUCAGCACUCCACAGCACGCUCAUUCACCGUGGCGCUGUUCAUCUUCUGCUACAUCCUACCAUGCUGUGUUAUUGUAGCAUCCUACACAGGUAUCCUGGUCACAGUGCAAUCAUCCCGUAAGAAUAUGGAGCAGCAUGCAUUGAGGAAGACUCAUAUGAGCAGCAUCCAGACGAUUAUUGUUAAGCUAAGUGUUGCAGUCUGCAUCGGUUUCUUUGCGGCGUGGAGUCCAUAUGCUGUGGUGUCCAUGUGGGCUGCCUUUGGACACAUUGAGAACAUCCCUCCUGUGGCUUUUGCCUUGCCAGCCAUGUUUGCAAAGUCUUCCACGAUCUAUAACCCCAUUAUCUACCUGAUGCUGAGGCCAAACUUCAGAAGGGUCAUGUGCACGGACCUGUGCACUCUUUGCCACAGCUGUGUGACGGGCUGCCUCUGCUCUGAGGGGCCGUCUAAGUGCUGCUCCAAGUCAGUGAUCAGGGUCAGACUUUGCACAGUCCACAACCAGACCAACAGAUUCCCUUCCUCAAACUCCUCUGCUCAACCUCCCGUAGCAAGUCUGAAGGGCCGCAACUGUGAGAAGUGCAAGGAUGCUUUUGAAUGCUUCAGACACUACCCUAAAAUUUGUGGCGUUACAAACCCGGCAGCCAACGGAGUCUCGUGUAUGGAUCAUGACAGCCCAAUUCACCACACACAAAAGCAGAAGACGCAAAGUGUGUGCCACAAGAAGUCUCUGCUGGCCAGCAUGUGUGCAAAAAGAACUACAGAGAUAGACAACUUCCACAUUACUUUAGAGAUGGUGCCAGGGCAUGCAAAAGUGGCUUGGCCUUGAUUUUCUCUCUUAAGCCUUGCUCACACUUUCACAAUAUUCCUGAAAAACUCCUGAAGUUUUCAGGGUGAGCUUCAUGUGUGUACAGUACACAAACAGCAACAAUUUACACUUCAUCUGGAGUUUCUCCUGCCAGACCUCUAGUGUUUUUCCCACAUGAAGUCGGUGAGCUGAUGUGAGAAUGCACCAGGAUAUAAUCAGGAGAAUUAACCGCGAGUGAGUUAAAGGGAGUGAUUUUGUUUAUUCCCUGCGAUCGGAGGAACACCAUAGACUGUAUGCAAGUGACCGUUGCGAUCUCAAUGCACCUAAUUACACUGCUGCAUCAUGUUUUCUGUUCACCAGUAUGUUCAUCUCCACUCUUUUGUUGUUAUUGUGAUUCUGUCCAGCUACACAUAGCAUUGAUAUUAGGCCAAUAUUAGUAUUACUGUCGUAUAGCUGACUCUGUGGCUUCGUCUGCCUCGUUCCUUUAACACAAUACCUUGCCUCAGGGAUAUUCUUCCACUGUGAGGUGCAACU